GAUGGCCCAGUGUAGGGACAAGGCUCCGAGCCCCCCUCAAUGUGACCCCAAGCUCCAGCCAACAGGUGACACCAACUGGGACUCCUACGCUACCACAAUGAAGACAGCAUUCACACCUAAGAGAGGAGCCGUGCCUGAGUUAAUACGUCCAAAGAGCAUGAAAAGGUUGGGAUACACAUAUGCUCUGAGCGACCCUCUUCUGAACCAGUCCCAUUACAAUGACGAGUAUUCUUGGAAAACGUACCCUAAGGAACGCCUGAUAAAAAUCGGGACUUCAAGAGGAGUAAGGACCCACAAAGAGGAUCUCAGUCAAGAAUCCUUUCAAUGGACACUCCCUCAGGGGAAAGAACCCCACCACUUCCCUUGGACGGUCUCUUCUUCCAUGGAAAGAGUCCGGGAGGCAAUAGCAAAUCAGUUUGUUUCCCAAACGAAGAGGGACUUCGUGGAUGUGGCUCAGGUGAAGAAGACCAUGAAAACUUUGCCAAGGACCCUAGACUGGAAAGCCAGCCUUCCCCGGCGUCUGGACACUGAAUUUCGACAGCAUUACCAAAUUCCAGCUAAGAUUCCGGAGCUGCAAGACUUUAGUUUCAAAUACGGAUGCUACUCAAGCCUGCCUGUGGCUUCCCAGGGUUUAGUGCCAUCCGUGCUGCAUAGCUACAUACAGAACCAGGAGCGCACACAGAAGCAGACCACAUACGAGAGUGACUAUGGGAAGGCCUGCCUGGACUUCCUGAAGAUCUUAAACUCAUUCACCCCCUCCCAAAUCGACAAGUACCUGCAAAGCGUUUCCUACAAAGACAGACAGAUUCUCGAUCGCUUCAUCCAUUCUCAUUGUGACGUGGACAAGGGGCCAAGUGAGAAAGGAAACCGAGGCCGCAUGAGGAAACUCUGA